AUGUCAUCCUCAACAUCAUACCCUCCAACCUUGAUAGACACAUUAUACAGCCAAUCCCCUCACGCAGCCAUCGACAAGCGAGAAGCACGUCGUAACCUCAAAGCUGAACAUCGAGCUGGACACUACUCUGACCCGACCUGGAUCAUCCUUGCUAUCCUAGCGCUCGCUCUUGCGUAUUGGAUCCUGCCCAUCCCUGGCGUCUUCCAGCUUCUGUAUGGUCGGAAGCAGCAUACCUCUUGCAACUGCAACAGCCCCGUGAUCAUAGAAAACCCGACGAUGCCUUGGCAAAAGCAGUUCACGCUCAAUCCUAGGACCAAGGGCGCUCACCUUAUCCACCAUGAGGUCAUGCCUCAUAUCGAGGAGGGUCUCAAGGGCGUCAAGAUCGGUACAUUGACCCUCUUCAUUCAGCACACCUCUGCUGCUCUAAGUAUCAACGAAAAUUUCGACAAGGACGUGCGAACUGACAUGGACAUGGCCCUUGACAAGAUCGUUCCCGAGAAUCUGCCAUGGAUGCACACUGACGAAGGUCCAGACGACUCGGCUUCGCAUACCAAGGCCAGUCUUAUCGGCCCCUCGAUUACCGUACCCAUCACGGAUGGCAAGCUCAACCUUGGAACCUGGCAAUCAUUUUAUUUGCUUGAGUUUCGCAAGAUGGCUCACAAAAGGAAGAUUGUAGCGACCAUCCUGCCUUGA